UUUCCAACACUGGGCAUUGACGCGCUGUUCUCGGCCUCUGCUUUUUGCCUGUUUUUCUACCCAAGCGCGAAAAUGUGAAUUUCGCAAUUCAUUUAAAUCGUCCAAGCUCAAACAGGGGCAAAUUUAUCAGUUAAACUCACAACCUAACCCACUAAACAGGAGUUAAAGGCACAAAGGAUAGUCUUGUGUAACGCGUGCCCCAAAAAACUGCGCAGUAAAAAUCAAUAACUAAGUGGCACGCCUCGCGAUACAUAAAUGUAAAGCGCCCCCAAAAGCAAAGGAAGAUGUCCGACGAGGAGGAGGAUUCCGUGUCCGAAGGAUUCUCGGCGAGCGAGGACGAGUGGAAGUUGGAGGACGCCAAGGGGGAGUCGUCGGACGACGACGACAGCGACUUCGAUGAUCUGCAGGCGGAGGGAGGAGCCGCUGGUUCCAGUGGACGCUCCUCGGCCGUAGCGGGCAAAAAGGGCAGCGAACAAAAGCCGCCCAGCGGCAUCAAGGGCUCCUCCGUGAAGAAACGCAAGCCCAGUGGCCAGUCACUGCGCUCCAAGCUGUACAACAAGUACCGACCGCCACCCAAGACAUUUCCCACUUCACCAUCUCAGCAGCAGCAGCAGCUGCAGGAGAACUCGCCCCGGGCUUCGGGUUCAAAAAACGCCAGAACGCCCAAUGAAAGCGGUGCACGGGAUCAGCACGAUCCUGCUGAUUCCAGCAGCGAAUCCAGUGUGGAGGACUACCUGGUGAAUCCCGCCGAACUCGAUCUGCACUCCACCUUCUUUGCCGGCGGCCAGAAGGAGAAGGAGAAGUCGCCGGCGCCCCAUUUCGAUUGCAAUGCGGGCAUCACGAAUCUCUCGGACUCCGGCUCCGGUUCGGAGGACAACAACGAGAGCAGCUUCGAGGAUAAAGCAGGCAAUGCCUUCGACUUUCGCGGUCUCCUGGAGAACGCGAACAGCUUGGAGCGCACACGGGAUGCACUGAGCAAGCGGAAUGCCACGGCCACUCCGCAGAGGAGCCAGGCUGCCACCAUGGAUGUCAAUGCGCUGCUUGCAUUGGGCGAGAACCAGAACUACCAGAGCGUGGAGUUGGAGGAACGGGAGGGUAAUCAGCGGAAGAAGGCGGGCGCUGGAGGGAGAGGAGGAGGAGUAGCACCACCAGUUGCUGCUGCACCACCGACCCUGGAUGAACCGUCGCGCCUGAGCAAGACCAAGUCGACGCGGAUCAAGCGCCACACCAAGACGCGACCCGUGUCCACAGUGGUCGCCACUGCCGGCGACACCGAUGAUUCCGAUUUUGAGGAAGUGGCAGAUGCAGAACUUUCCUACGACGACGAGGAGGCCGUCACGCCGAACGUAUCCGGCGACCUUGAGAUCCACGUGGGCCUCCAGGGACUACGACCCACCAGGGAACAGAAGACCCAGCUCGAGCUGGAGAUGGCUUUAAAGCGUCGCCUCAAUCGGGACAUCAAGGAACGCCAGCUGCUGCUGCACAAAGUUAGCCUGAUGUGUCAGAUAGCUCGCAGUUUGAAGUACAAUCGAUUGCUGGGCGAAUCGGAUGCCCUGAUGCAAGCUGCCCUCAAACUACUGCCCAGUCGGAAUGCCUAUCCCACGGAACGGGGCACCGAACUGAAGUAUAUGCAGUCUUUUGUCACCUGGUUCAAGACGGCCAUCAAGCUGCUAAGUCCCAGUCUAUAUUCCGAGCAAUCGAGUGCCACCAAGAAGGAUAUUUUGGAUGCCUUGCUGGCGCAGAUCAAACGCAAGGAAGCCCGCUGCAAGCAGGAUAUGAUCUUCAUAUUCAUUGUCCUUGCGCGGGGAAUGGGCAUGAACUGUCGCCUGAUCGUUAAUCUCCAGCCAAUUCCGCUGCGUCCGGGGGCCAGUGAUUUGAUUCCCAUUAAACUAAAGCAGGAGGAGAAGAACAAAAGUCAGACGGUGGAGACCGAAGAGGAGACUGAGGAUGAGGAGCCCAAAAAACAUAAGAAGGCAACUAAACCUAAAGCCACUGCUUCCAAAGAGGCUGAAAAUAAGAGCAGUGAUAAAAGUACAAAGAAGGAGGCCCCCAAACCUGCCAAUUCUUCAUCUUCAACCUCCAAAUCUAUUAAGAAAGAAUCACAAAUUGCUAAAUCAAGUAAAGCCAAAGAGGUUAAAACAGAUUUCAAACCCAGUCUUGCAACAAAAUUGGUUGAAAAAUCCAAACAAAAAGACUAUCAUAGUUCCAGUAAAUCUGAUACUUCUUUUGAGGAAAAACCAACUACCUCUACAAGUUCCAAAUCCUCAAAUUCAUCAAAAAAAGAGGAUAAGAAGGUUGCAAAACCAAGUCUCGCCUCAAAGCUGGUUGAAAAAUCCAAACAUCAAACAUCCCAUAGCUCCAGCACAUCGGACACUUCUUUUGAGGACAAACCAAGUACCUCGAAGGCGGCUCUUGCUGUUUCCCCAACACAAAACAAAGUAAAACCCCAAUCGGCUCUGCUGAAGAGGGUCACCACUCAAGCCGCUGCUGAAGCAGGAGAUGGCAAGAAACCCAGGACGGCUCCUGUGGCUACCUUCUCCCCGGUUGCAGGACGAACACGCAGAGCCGCAGUGAAAGCCACAACGGUGGAGAAACAGCCGCUUGUUGGAUCUCCCGUCUUGCCCAAACUGGUGCUGUCCAAGGUGAAGCAACUGAAUGCCAAGCACAGUGACACGGAGAACGCCAAUCCGGUGGAGAAGCAGCGCAGAACCCAGGAAACCCGAUCACGCAGCAAGUCCCCAAAAGUACUCAUCUCGCCGAGUUUUCUUGGCGCCAAAACUGCUGCACCUCCAAAUCCGGCACCAGUACCGCCGCAAAGGAACCAAAAGAGCCCAGACACCAAGGCACGAAUCUCGCCCAGCUUUCUAUCCGAAGCUGUGCCUGUUCGACAGCUGCGAAGACGAGGCCAGAAGCCCAGUACGUUGGGCAUUCCCCAGUUGGAUGGCGGCGAUGAUGCGCCACUGCCCAAGAAGCGCAUAAGGUUGGAAAAGCUGCAAAGGUCACAGGACUCGGACGAGGUAUUCGAACCGGCCAAGCCGGUGAAGAAGGCUCCUGUGCUGCCCAAAGCAGUGCAAAACCUGCGCAAGGAUCGCCGCGUGAUGUCCACCGACGAUGAGGGCGGCUCGAGGGCCAAGCGUCGAACAGAUGCCUCCGACAUGUGGGUGGAGCUGUGGUCCGAGGUGGAGGAGCAGUGGAUCUGCAUAGAUCUGUUCAAGGGCAAACUACACUGCGUGGACACCAUAAGGAAAAAUGCCACGCCAGGAUUGGCCUAUGUAUUUGCCUUCCAGGACGAUCAAACGCUCAAGGAUGUGACUGCCCGCUACUGCGCCAGCUGGAGCACCACUGUUCGCAAGGCGCGUGUGGAGAAAGCCUGGUUGGAUGAAACCAUCGCCCCCUAUCUGGGGCGUCGCACCAAGCGCGACAUCACAGAGGAUGACCAGCUGCGCCGCAUUCACGCCAACAAACCACUGCCGACGUCCAUUGGCGAUUUCAAGGACCAUCCGCUUUAUGUGCUGGAGCGGCACCUGCUCAAGUUCCAGGGCCUGUAUCCACCGGAUGCGCCCACUCUGGGCUUCAUCCGCGGCGAACCGGUGUACGCCAGGGACUGUGUGCAUCUCCUGCACUCGCGGGACAUCUGGCUCAAGAGUGCGCGCGUUGUGAAGCUGGGCGAGCAACCCUACAAGGUGGUCAAGGCGCGCCCUAAGUAUGACAGGAACACACGCACCGUCAUCAAGGACCAGCCCCUGGAGAUCUUUGGCUACUGGCAGACGCAGGACUACGAGCCACCCACAGCCGAGAAUGGACUUGUGCCACGCAAUGCCUACGGCAAUGUCGAGCUUUUCAAGGCCUGCAUGCUGCCCAAAAAGACUGUGCAUUUGAGGCUGCCUGGUUUGAUGAGAGUUUGCAAGAAGCUUAACAUUGAUUGUGCCAAUGCAGUGAUUGGUUUCGAUUUCCAUCAGGGCGCCUGCCAUCCCAUGUACGAUGGCUUCAUCGUCUGCGAGGAGUUCCGCGAGGUGGUCACGGCCGCCUGGGAGGAGGAUCAGCAGGAGCAGGUGCGCAAGGAGCAGGAGAAGUACGAGACCCGCGUCUACGGCAACUGGAAGAAAUUGAUCAAGGGUGUGCUCAUACGCGAGCGACUGAAGAAAAAGUAUAACUUCUGAUUUCUGUUUGUAAACUUGUUUCGUUUGAAGUGAUUUCCUAUUUUUGUUUGUACUUGAAACUUAUUUUGAUUCCAAUAAAUUGUGUAUUUUGUAAUCAU